GGUUUCAAAGCGCUCGAGCUCGAAACACUGUGUACUGAUGACACCUGCUGGUCAAGGAAAGACAUCGUCAAAAUAAUAAUAACGCAGGUUAAACUUGUAGAAUGGAGCCAAUUUCAUACGUUUUUGCAAAUAUGAUGCAAAGUUCUUUCUAAAAAAAAAAAAAAAAAUCAAGCGAUCUGGCAUGUUUGAAAACGAAGUGGAAGGACUUUUUAGACGGACACAUCCGAAUAAUGUAGUCAAUUUUGCCCAUAUACAUUUGUUAAAUAUUAUUUAAACUAACUGUUGUAUCUAUAUUUGUAAGAAUGUCGUCUCUAUAGAACAGAGACAGAAAAGCGCAUAUCCAGCGAAUGUAAAACUAACUUUUUUACUAACUUGUAGUUUUUUAAUGUCAGGAACAUUUAAAAAAAACUACAAUCCCCAUACGUCACGUAACUUCCGCCAUCUUGAUUAAGGCGGUCCACAGACAGCAGAGACCUGCCAAGUUUAGUUUAAUGCACAUCCAUAGAGGUAGAACUAGUAGCGAAGCGUGCAAUAACAUUUUACUAGUCUACUGGUGUCCGUCUGCAGGGCGGGCUUGAAAGCCAUGGCCGAACCGAUACAUGCUUUGUGCAAUGAGCUUAUAAAGGCCGUGAAUGUGAUGAUGGAGGCAGAAUCCAGUCAGACAUACCGCCUGGAGGCCCUUAAGUUUAUUGAAGAUUUCAAAGAGAAAAGUCCUUUCUGCAUUGAAUGUGGUCUUCAGUUAGCGGAGAAAUCCCAGACUGCAGUGGUCAGACACUUUGGGCUGCAGAUACUGGAGCAUGUAGUCAAGUUUCGGUGGAAUAACAUGGCUCCGCAAGAAAAGCUCCGUCUGAAGAACUGCACUAUGGGCCUGUUGUCACAUGGUACACAUCCAAUUCUGCAACAGGAAUGUCAUGUUAAGGAUGCGCUCUCACGCAUAGUAGUUGAGAUGAUCAAGAGAGAGUGGCCGCAGCACUGGCCUGACAUGCUGAAGGAGAUGGAGGCCCUGACUGCUAUGGGGGAUGCUCAGACAGAACUUGUAAUGCUUGUACUGCUGCGGUUAGCUGAGGAUGUGAUGACAUUUCAGACAUUACCCACUCAAAGACAGCGAGAAAUCCAGCACGCCCUCGAGGAGAAUAUGGGCAGCAUCUUCACCUUCCUGCGUGGCAUUUUAAUUAUGCAGCUUCAUGUGAAUGAGUACAACAAGUUGAAAUGUGUUGCUGGUCUGGAAUUGAAGACAAAAGCUCACUGGCGAGUUGGUGUGACCACUCUCAACACUCUGGCUGGCUACAUCGAUUGGGUUGAUCUGAACCACAUCACCAAUGAAAACUGCCGUCUUUUGGAGAUCUUGUGCCUGUUGCUGAGCGAACCUGAGCUUCAGUUGGAGGCUGCAGAGUGUCUGCUAAUUGCCAUUAGUAGGAAAGGAGAGUUAGAAGAGAGGAAGCCAUUUUUGAUGCUCUUUGAUGAAGUCAUCAUGAACUACAUCCUGUCUGCUGCACAGUCGGCAGAUGGUGCAGCUCUGUGUAAACAAUCAUCAGGUGCCAUUGUGGAAAGAAGAUACACAUUUUUGAAGAGGCUGUGUCAGGUUCUCUGUGCCCUGGGUAGCCAAAUCUGCUCUCUAGUGUGUUUUAGAGUUCCCGUUAACCUGAAUAAAUAUAUGGAAGCUCUUCUUGCCUUCACUACUCAUCCUAGCCAGUUUCUGAGGUCGUCCACGCAAAUGACCUGGGGAAACCUAUUCCGACAUGAAAUUUUAUCAAAGGAUCCUGUAAUUGGCCAAAUGGCCAUAAAAUAUUUAAGAGCGGCAAGGAUCAAUCUUGUGAAAGCUGGAUUUCCCUCCAAGAAUGAUUGUCCAGGUUGUGAAUUCUCCAGAGUGGACUUUGAUAGUGAUGAAGAUUUCAACUGCUUCUUUAAGUCUUUCAGGGCUCAGCAGGGGGAAGCAGUUCGUCUGGCUUGUAAAAUUGUCCCGUUUGAGACCUUUCAAAUUGCAAGGGAGUGGGUGCAGUAUCAGAUCAACACACCUAUAGAUACUGGGAAUUCAACAUCUAAGACAGAGAAGGAUCUCUGUUCUGCCUUGUCCCCUUCAGCGGUUCAGUGGGAUGCCAUGACUUUCUUCACUGAAAGUGUAUUUGGACAGCUCUUCAAAAUCCUUGACAAAGAGAAACUUCCCAUGGAUGAGGGCAUGGAGCUGCUGCAGAUGGUUGUAAACUAUGAGACUAGAGAUCCUCUCAUUCUGUCCUGUGUUCUUACCAUCAUAUCCACUUUCUUUCCCUUUGUCAAACACCAACCUCACUUCCUGCCUCAAGUACUCUCUAAGAUAUUUACUGCCACCACAUUUGAAUUGGUUGAUGAACGCAAGGCACCUCGAACGCACCCUCUUAAGAACGUCAGAAGACAUGCCUGUUCCUCCAUCAUUAGGAUGUGUCGAGAUUAUUCAGACUUUAUUCUGCCGUGCUUUGACAUGAUGUAUGAGCAUGUGAAGAGCUUGUUCUCCAAUAAGAAGCUGCUGACACAGAUGGAGAAAAGUUCUCUUAUGGAAGCCCUGAUACUGAUCAGCAAUCAGUUUAAAGACUAUAACAAGCAGAAAGCCUUCCUGGAGGAACUCAUGGCACCUGUUACUGCACAGUGGCUGUCAGAGGAGAUGAGGAGCGUUUUAUGGGAUCCUGCUACCUUCUUGGCGUAUGUUGGUGCUGACCAUUACUCUGAAACUGGCAGUGCAUUUGUUUAUUUGCCAGCAACCUGUCAAAAUAUUAGUUUUUGUGUGUACACCAUGCUUGGGGUUGUGAAGCAUGCUCGUUGGCCCGCUGAUCCUGAGGAGGCAAAAGCAGGCGGAUUUAUGAUCAGCACUAACUCUGAUGGGACCCCCGUCUACAGAAACCCUUGUGCAGAGCCCCUGCAGGCCCUGCUGCCCAACCUUUUGGCCCUCAUCAGGACCCACAACAGCUUGUUCUUGCCAGAGAACGUCAAACUUCUUAGCAAGACCUUUACUAGAGUCUAUGAUGAUAUGGAUAUGGAGGAAAAUUCUGUUUUAGGAAUUUCUCAACCAGUUUUAGAUUCCUACGACUCUACAGUGUACAAAAACAUUGUUGAGCGAGGCUUCUUCACCGCACUCUACAGAAACUGUUACCAAGUGCUUGGGAAUGCUGGUCCCUGCUUGCAACAAGACUUUUAUGCAAUAGAAGGCUUGGCAGAGCAGAUCAUUGGUUCUGCCUUCAUCCAUCUAGACAGUGUUCCAGACCACAGGCUUCGUCCCCUAGUCCGUCUGUUCAUGAAGCAGCUGGUCAUGUCCUGUCCUCAUGAGUACUAUGACAGCCUCCUUUGUCCUUUGCUGGGUCCAUUAUUUACCUAUCUACAGCAGAGACUGAGCUUUCGGUGGCAGAUCAUCAACCAAAGGAUCAGUCUGUGUGCUCAGGAGGAGGAGGAGGCCUAUGAGGAGAACCAUGUGACUCAGGAAAUGGUGGAGGAGCAGCUGUUGCAGUUGGUCACACGAGAGGUUAUUGACCUUCUAAGUGUGACUUGCAUUACAAGAAAAUGUCCAAAGCUAUCUGCAAACAAAGAGGACACAGAUGGAGAUAAGAGGAUGGUGUUAAAGGAUUCCUCAAAGGGGAUUCAUGAGCUCUCAGAAUUGGGCAAGUGCCUUCUCCGUAGUGAGGAUAUUUAUAUGAACCUCCUGACUAUAUGUUUUAACUCCCUUUCCUGGAAGGACACUGUACACUGUGAAUGGACUGCUGGUGUGCUCUGCUGGACUUUGCUAAAACAGGUGCUUGGUGGUAACCUGCUCCCGGAGGCUGUGACGUGGAUCUACACCAGUGUACUGAAGGGUCUGCAGAUGCAUGGGCAACACGAAGGCUGCAAUGCUGCGCUAACUCAGCUGGCCUUUCUCAUCUACGAGUCUCUAAGGCCUCGAUAUGCUGAGCUGCGUUUCAUCAUGAAUCAGAUCCCUGAUAUCCAAGUUGAUGCCCUGGAGCAGUUUGAUCAGAAGGCCAUCCAACCCGCUGUAACAAAGGCAGGAGAGAAGAAAAAGAAAGAGCAGUUUAAACGGCUCAUUGCAGGCGUUGUUGGGAAACCCCUUGGACAGCAGUUCAAGAAGGAAGUACACAUCCGAAACCUUCCAUCUCUGUUUAAGAAGCCAAAGCCUACGAAAGAUGUGCUGGAGAACACUGAUUCUGCAGGUCUGAUCUCUCUAUUCUCUCCUGACCGUGACAAUUGCUGAGGGAACCACAGCUCCAUGACACCCUCACUACUCUUGUGUGUAGUACAUUAUCCAGUCUGAAAGUCCUUUUUAUGGACAUGGAUGGUUUAUUGAAAUGAGGAAAUACAGCAAGGACAUUUGUGUUUCAUGUAAUUUGGGUGUACAAUGUUUCUCUUCUUUUGUAUGGAUCUAUGUAAUGGAUCUGUUUAAUUGUUAUUUAAAGAAUAUUAAAAACUUGCUGUCAAAAGUUUUUUUUUUUUUUUUUUUUUUUCAUUAAAAAAACCCUUUUGAAAAAGAUUGAGAAGUCUUGUUAAUCAUACAGUACCAUAUCUGUUCUGGGGAUCUGAUGUGCAAAACAAUUUUUGAAGUAAAUGACAAAAUCAACAUUAAUUGGCAUUUGACGUGUACAGAUUGUGUAAAAAGAGUUGUGAUUUAUACUCUGCAGUUUUUAAUAAAUGUAUACCUGAACAGUUUUCAGUGAUUGUAUAGACUCUUUCCUCAGUUGUGAUAUGUAAAGUCUGUGUAAAAUAUUAAUUUACUGUGACAAGCCUGUAUAUAACAUGUCAGUGCAGCUGAGCAUUUAGUCUGCACAGCAUAAUAGAUGGGUAAAGACAUUUCUUCACAUAGAAUCCAUAUAAUUAGUUUAACGCAAUUAAGAAUUAAAUUGUUUUUGAUUGCGACUCUGUGCUUAACCCUUAUGUGUCCAUUUUUGUCUUUGCCAAUGUGUAUUUUUUAUUGGAAUUGUAAUAAUUCACCAUCAUUUCCUUUCAUAAAUCUAUUUUACACUAGAUAUACAAAAUAGUUACACUCAGGACCUUGAAAUGCUCCCAUUUAAACCAAUUAAAAUGGCACAUUUAAAUCCCAGUACCAUUUAAACAUAAAAUCAUGUUUUUGUUGUUUGUGUUAUUUUUUCUGUCUUUUAUUCUGUUGGCAAGGCUUAAAAAUUUUUUUUUUUUUGUUAUUUUCUACUAGUUGGCAUAAUUUCUCAGGUUUGGCCUAUGGAGUAAAUGUAUUCCUUUUUUCCUGUUUUCUGCUUCUGCUGUAUUAUAGAGCACUGCAGGCUACUUGAAUAAAUGAUGCAGCUGUAAUUGUGUAGGUGUAGUGGGAAAUGUGUGUAUGUGAGUAGUAGUUUUUUGUUUUGUUUUAAAUCUGGCGCGGCACAAAAAAAAAAAAAUAUAUAUAUAUAUAUAUAUAUAUAUAUAUAUAUAUUAAUAAUACAUCAAAAUCGAUAUUGUACAUAUAUGACAUAUCCAAGACUGUGUAAAAAUCCCCCCAAAAAAAU